UCUUUUGCAGUUUUGGCAUUUAGUGGUGAUCUAUAGUGAGAAUAGGUACUUUUCGUGGGUGUACAGCGACAAAAUAACAGUCAAAAUGGGGGAUCGAUAUAAUAUAUUUUCUCAAAUGGAGCAUUUGCAGUCGAAAUAUGUCGGUACUGGACACUCUGACACUACAAAAUGGGAAUGGUUGACAAAUCAACAUCGUGAUAGUCUUGCUUCUUACAUCGGUCACCCGGAUCUUCUAAGUCACAUUGCUAUUGCGGAAAACGAAACAAGAGCUCGAGUUCGAUUCAAUGUGUUAGAAAGAAUGUUCCAACCUUGUGGACCACCUCCUGAUCGUCCAAAUGUUGAUUGAAGUGUGAUUUAAUGGAAAGCGCUUGGAAACUGACAUCUGCAGAUCUGAGAAACAUGUCAUACCCACCUCAAAAUUGACUAGUGUUAUGAAGCAUGAACUGCUAUGUUCUUACUAGUUUUAAUAUUUAGUUGUUUAAGAAGUUUAAAACUGAAAUAUUUCACAGGAAAUAGCCUACUGCAAUGCUUUGUCUUUAAUUUGAAAUGAUAUUUCUAUCUUGAUGAAACUAAUUUGAUUUCACUAUGAAUAAAGCUCUAGACAAGAAGUCCAUAUGAAAUUAAACUAUUUCAUUCAAUCAAGUAAUAUUUUUCAUAUCCAAACUGCUAAUAAAUAUAGGUCCAUAAUUACAGAAUUAAGAUGAUUUACAAAUAGAGAUAUGUUUCUAAUAUUUUUAUUGUAAUAGGUUAAAUAAUUGUGGCUAUCUAUCCAUCGUGGCUUGCGUUUAUAGAUGAAUGUGUUUCGAAAUUUUCAAUUUUGAAGCCAUCCUGUUUUAUAAAUUUGUCAUGUUUUAAUUGUUGAAAUGGAUUGAAUCAAGUCAGUAAUUCUUGUCAGUACAACUCCACUAAGCACAGCUUUGAAAACAAUUCAUUUUGAGUUAUUUUAUCAAAAUGUAGCCUCGAUCAGGCAGGGAAACUUUUUUGAAACAACUUUAUUUUUGUCAUUUUUCUUGUCUCACCUAGUUCGAACACAAUAUUAUUCAUGCUCAUGUCAAUUUUUUCUUCGACUUCAUUUGUUGAAACAUGAUAUUUUAGUGCAAAUGUUUUUUAUUUAG